GUGGCGUUGCCGUGCAACCGCUUACGCUUGCUUUAUUCUGUUUUUUCUGUUUCGCAAAUAGAUGCAAUUCACAUAGCAAGGAAAAAAAUACUCUGCCGCUACAACAGAGUUAUCCAGCUACUUGAAAAAGAAGGAGCCUCCUCCCUUCCUCGAUACACGUAUCAUGCGCCCAUCUUCCACCACCUGCCACACGCUGUUUCGUCGAGGUGGCGCAGCGGCAGCGGUGGCUGCUGUCUGUCACCCGAGCAGCAGCAGCAGCAGCAGCAGCAGCGGUGGCAGUGACAGCAACGUUCUGGUCGGCGAUAUCGCCUUAGGUGGCGCCUAUUCCAUUCAACGUGCGCGCAUCCGCACCGUCAUCCCACCCCGACCUGCAGUCACGACGCUGGCGUACGUUAAUCACUUCGGCAGUGCAGUGCGCACCGGGGUCGAGACGGACACCUCGCUCAUCCGCACCCGCGAAAACAAAUUUUACCUCCAGCGCGUCCUCCCCAACGGCGAGGUGGUGCGGUGGCGCGCGCCCGGUCUGGACUACUUAAAAAACGUCACCAACUUUGAAACUUACGCGUUAAAUGAGAUCGACGAGAACGGUGGGGUGAUCAUCCCUGCCGAUGUGAUGCCGACAGCUGCCCAGGACGCCCCGAGCUACCGCGACGCGGUGUACUAUAUCAGUAAGCUGGAGGGGACGACCAAGUUUACCCGCAAAGACCGCCGCCGCUGGCACCGGCGCCUCUUCGCCCAUUGGAAGGAAAGUCCGGACAAGUACUUGAACCACACCUUCGGCACUUACGGCGUGGCCUUCUUAGUACUGCUGUGGCUGUGCGUGCGCGGCUUCCACAGCAUCAAGAAUCAGAAGCCCUUCUGGGACAUGAACGUGUACGGUCGCACCGACGAGGAGCGCGAACGCACCGAUCCGUGGCUGCGGCUGAAGCGCUUCUCCGACCGCCACCCCGAGCACGAGGGCAUGGACAUGUCUCCGGUGAUGAUGACGCCAGGGCAGUCUCGCCUGUCCAGCGCGCGAGCGGAGUUGCGCGAGUCCGACUUUACGGACCCGCAUUACCACAGCGAGUUGUGGUGGAAGAUUCGGCACUGCCGCUAUUACGGGCACUGGCCGAAGGGCAUCACGGAGUAG